AUGUCAGAAACGGAUCCGGGCUUCAUAGCGGCCCUCGAAGAAGCGAAGAAAGGAUACGCGGAGGGAGGUGUUCCUAUCGGAGCAUGCCUGGUCAGCAAGGACGGGAAGAUCCUAGGUCAAGGGCAUAAUAUGCGGGUGCAGAAAGGCAGUGCGACUUUACAUGGAGAGAUAUCAGCACUGGAGAAUUCAGGUCGGCUUCCAGCCUCGGCGUACAAGGGCGCAACGAUGUAUACUUCCCUCAGUCCAUGUGAUAUGUGCACGGGAGCUUGCAUUCUAUAUAAAGUUGAGCGGGUGGUGAUAGCCGAGAAUAAGACAUUCUUGGGAGGUGAGGAUCAUCUCAGAUCGAAGGGAAUUGACGUUGUGGUGUUGGAUAAUGAAGAGUGCAAAGAACUGAUGAGGAAGUUCAUCGAGGAGAAGCCUCAUAUUUGGUACGUGUUAUUUUCAUUCCCCGGCUGGAGCAAGUGGCGCGAGUUGACUGAAUGA